AUGGAAAGAAACAAAGUCGAACCAUCUAGAAAAAGGCAGAAAGCAUUGGCUUGUCGACGGUGUCGAUCACGGAAGCAAAAGUGCACAGGAAGCAGACCGUGUGAUAAUUGCACAGCAGCGAAUAAGGAAUGCCUCUCAAGUGAGCCGGUGAGCCGAAAGGCUCGUGUCAGUACUGAAUACACCCGAGCUCUCGAAGAAAGAAUUGUAGACCUCGAGUCUCAAAUUCCAGAUGGGACACCAGAGAAUCUCUCUGUCAGCCGGCAAGCAUCUACGCAGGAAUCUCCACAUCAAAGAGGCAAUGAGACGGACCAUGUUUCUCACACUUCUCUUGCGUCGAGGCCACCAUACCCUCGUAGUAUGCCUCAAGCCAGGGCCUCGUCAGAUUCUGUGCCUCUGCGGGAUUCGGCCCCCUGCCCAUCAUUAGCCUUACCAUUCCCCCAUGCAGUGGAAGGCUUGCCAGAUCCUCAUGGCCAAUGUGGACAUUCCAGCCUGUUGAUUGGCAUACUAGCUACUCUCACAAGAUCCAAUUCCUCCGGGUUCCCCCAAACACAACCUGAAAGUCCAAAUGCCCACAUUCCCUCUCAGUUCACAGAUCAGGUAUUACAAGCAGAUCGUAUCCCGCGGCUUUCAAAUGAGGCAUCUGAUCGCUUGGUUCAAAUAUAUUUGGAACGAGUUAACCCACGAUAUCCCUUUCUCCAUCUCGCCACUUUUCUCGGCUGGUAUGAAUCGUGGAAGGCUCAUUCACAGGUGGAUAAGGCUAGACAUCAGCAGUCUCUAUGGAAGGCCUAUUUUGUAACCAUGGUGCAUGCUGUUGCCCUACUUCUCACACCUCGAGUCUCGGUCGAUGACAUUGCUACUUCUCAAUCUUUGUAUAACACUGCCAUGCAAUAUCUUGCCCACGUUUUCGCGCAACCCGAUUCUGUUCUACAUGCCCAGGCAUAUCUCCUUCUGACUCUGCACGCACUUCAUUCUCCAUCAUCGCAGAUGAUUGUCACCAUUGUCUCUGCAAUGAUGAGAUAUUGUGUCAUGGCGCAACUUCACUUAGCUGAGAGUGAGCCGCAGGUGCCGAAUCCAGCGUUUUCCUUGGAGGUCCAAACCCGCCGUCGAGUGUUCUGGUCUGCUUAUGCUUUGGAUCGAUUUAUCAGUUGGAUUUACCACAUCCCCAACAAUAUCAUUGAUGAACAAAUUAGCGUGGAGCUUUUUUCAAACGUCGGAGACGCCGACCUUCACCACGAAGGAUCAGAGGAUGGCCGCAUUCAAAUAGAAACACCAUCGCAGAAAACACAUGUCUCACCGGCCCUUCACCUAUUCAGAUGCAGACGUAUACAAUCCCGGAUCAUCAGCACCAUGAUGCGGUCUGAUUUCAAAGAAAUCGAUGCCUCAACGACAUGGCGAGAACACAUGCUGGGCGAAUUAGAUUCCUGGAGGUCUCAAUUACGGCUAUUGAGCGAUGUUGCCUCCAAAAGCUACACGAGCGAUCGAUGGGUCGGCAUGGCUUACAACUACACGAUCCUUCUAUUGCACCAGCCAACCAAAGCAAAUGUCUGUAAUGGCUUUGGGGACCGAUCAGUCCCAGCCUGUGUUCAGAUUGCUAUGACAUUUAGGACAUUCCAAAAAGACCGACAGACAGCACAACUAUGGCCUGGGCUCCUGAGCCAAGUCGCUGUAGGUAUCACCCUUCUAUACUGCUUCUGGGCAACUCCACCUCAACAUCAAACCAUCGCCUACCGGUCACGAGAAGUCCCAGAAGCAUUACGCGCCUGCUCAACUGCACUGGCCAUCCUCGCUGAGCGAUGGGUUCAAGCUGAACCUUUGCGCGAUGUCUUCGAUGUUCUAGCCAAAGAAGUUCCACUCUACGGAACGGCAGAGGAAGACCCGUCACUGAGGCGCAUCUCGGCGGAGUCUGCUUCCUACAUCCAGUCCCAGAUGCCUUUGCUCACGUCGAUCAUCAUGCACCGGGGUGUCCUGCGCAUGAUACGCGAGAUGACUACGGAGGAUUUCCCUAGGAGUCUAAAUGAGGAAUUCCACCACCAAAUGCCGGCACCGCAUGACCAAACUAUGCUUGGGAACUUGGGGAGUCACAUGUGCUCCGAAGAGUGUCCGUUCUUCCGUGAUCCAACUCAUCCUGGAUCGAUGGCUGGCAUGAAUACCCAGGCUUUUUCUCCACCUGAGAACCGGAUUAGCAGUGCUUAUGGCAUUGACGAUGAGACGCUCAUGUUUCCACUCCUCUUUGGCUCGGCGGAAUUUUGA